AUGGCGAACGAGCAGAUCUCACUGCCGUAUCUGGUGAUGAUACUACUGGUGACGGCAUUUGUUAUACGGUUCCUCUUCUUCUCGCCGGCCCCGGCGCCGGCGCCGCGACAGAGCGCUGCGGCGGUGCUGCGCACCCGUGAGGCCGCGGUCGAGAGGAUACAGCAGAUGUUCCCGCAAGUGGACAGGCGGACGAUUCUGUGGGAUCUGCAGAGGAAUGGUGGGAAUAUUCAGGCGACGUCUGAGAGGAUUCUUGCAGGACGGAUGGAAGCUCCCCCUAUCACCUUCCAACCCCCUCCCCCGCCAGGAGCGAACAACGCCGCGUCCAGCUCCUCGACACCGGCCAAGUCGCCCGAGAAGCCCACGCAGCCGGACUUGAUUACGAGGUACAAGCUUCAAGACAAGAUUUCGGCGCAGCAGCGGCAAGCGGAAGCGGACGCCGCCGCUGAGAAGGAGAAGGAGAAGGCGGCCAAGGGGUGGAGCUCGAACAGGGACGAGAGGCAGUCGCUGUUACAGAAGCGGAGGGACGAGAUGAUUCUCGCGGCGCGGCGGAAGAUGGAGGCCAAGAUUGCUGCGGAGAAGGCG